AGACCCAGCUGGACCCAGCAGAUGCCUGCCCCCCAGCAUUACCCCGAGCUGAUCCAGCAGCACCGGCAGGCCCUGCUCUGCUGGAUUAAGGGGAACCCCCAGCCUCUGCUGCGUCGGCUCCACGACACCAAGGUGCUGAGCCAGGACGAGUACUUCAACCUGCUGGAGAUGGCCCCCGAGAUGAACCAGGUCAUCGCGCUGCUGGAGUCGGUCAGCCAGGGUGUCGAGAGGAGCCGGUGCUUCCUGGAAGCGCUGCGGGACCUGCAGGACGAAUACGGCGCCGAGCUCCAGCAAUGGCUGAAGGAGAAGUACCCGGAGAAAAAGAGACCGUGUCCUCCAUUGCAACCAGACAAUCCCAACCCUCCGAAAUCCAACCACACAUUCCUGCGGAAAAUCCUGCGGAAACACACCAAGAAGUAUGAGCCAACCCCAGAGCCGCCAGCAGGUGAGGAGCGCACCGGGAACCUGAACUUCCGAAAGGCCCCGAGCGCCCCGCUGAAAGCUGUCCUGCAGCGGCACCGAGCCUCUCUGCUGCGGCAUACCCAGCAGCUGUGCACCAACGCCUGUGACGCCCGCUCCUGUGGCCUCCUCGAGAUCCGCUACACCCCGCUGCUGCUGCUGGACAACUCCAGCCCCACUGCCCCCCCCGGGCAUGAGCACCUGGCCCUGGCCGCCCACCGCGCCCGCCUCCUCCCGCUCCACGCCCCCCGCCGGCUCCCCCUGCGCCACCUCCUGGCCCCGCUGCCCACCGAGACCCAGGCCCCCCGCCGGGUGGCCCUGAGCGGCGCCGCCGGCAUCGGCAAGAGCGUGACCGUGCAGAAGAUCUUGCACGACUGGGCGCUGGGCGCGGCGUUCCAGGGCCCCCUCUGCGCCUUGGAUUUCUCCUGCCGGGAGCUCAGCGUGAUGUCCAGCCCGGUCACCCUGGAGGGGCUGAUCUGUGCCAAGCGUCCCCACCUCCAGGAGGUGCUGCCCGAGCUGCUGGCGCGGCCCGGGGACCUCCUCAUCCUCGUGGACGGUUUGGACGAAUUCCGGCACCCGCUGGAAGGCGGAACUCCCCGCCACCGGCCCGGCCACCCGGCCCACGUCAAGGAGCUGCUGCGGGGACUCCUUGACGGGACCCUGCUGCCUGGGGCGGCCGUCGUGGUGACGUCCCGGCCGUGCCCGGCCCUCUCCGGCAUCCCCUUUGAUCGCCGCUUGCUGAUCCUCGGCUUUGACGAGGACCAGGUGGAGGACUACUUCCGCCGGUUCUUCCGGGAUGCCGAGCGAGCCGCUGCCGUGCAGGGCUACAUCUCCGGCCACCAAGGCUUAGCCGGGCUUUGCUUCAUCCCCCUCUACUGCUUCAUCUUAUGCACCGCCCUGGGGGAGUUCUUUCCCGCCGGCCAGGCAGCUGACCCAUCUCCGCCCACCACCAUCACCGAGGUCUAUCGCUGCUAUAUGGCCACCAUCCUGGGUCGCAGCUGGUCUCCGGAGCCGGGCGCCGGGCAGCUGGUCCUGCGCCUCGAGCGCCUGGCGUAUGCCGCCCUGUUGGCUGGCAAGAUCCUCUUCACCCCAGCUGAGCUGCGGGAAUUCGGAUUCGACCCCCAAGACCUUCCGGGCACUUUCUUCAACCCCAUCUUCUCCAGAGAAGACCACCAGGUCUAUUGCUUCUUCCACCUGACGGUGCAGGAGUUCCUGGCUGCGCUCUACUGCGUGGCUGCCCUGGAUCCUGGCGCUGAGGACCUCACGCCCUGUCUGGAUCUCUGGUGGGAGGGAUCAGCCCAGCAGGACGGGGACCCGGAGCCCUCCUGGACAUCACCAGGCGAAUCCAGUCUCCUCCACUCCACCAGGCAGCUCCUGAGGGGCCACCAGCCCCGAUGGGACAAUCUCCAGAUGUUCGCCAGGUUCUUCAUGGGGCUGCUGACCUCCAGGAUGGAAGGGAAGCUGGAGGGGUUGGCCGCAGGCUUCUCCGGAGACGUGCUGGGGCCCGUGGCGGACUGGCUGGGGAGGAAGCUCAGGGGAGACACCGAGAGGCGCCUCCUCUCGCUCCUGCACUGCGUGGCGGAGCUGCGCCAGGAGGGGGUGACGGGCCGGGUGGCCCGCGAGCUGGAGGACGUCAACCUCUUCAAGGUGACCCUCAACCCAGCCGACUGCGCCGCCCUGGCCUACGUGCUGGGGGCCUCCGAGCCCGGGAGAGUGAAGAACCUCAACUUGAGCUACAGCAACAUGGGCAUGGCUGGGCUGCGCAGGAUCCGGGGGCUGCUGCACCGCUGCGAGACGCUGCAGUUGCGCUACAAUUCUCUGGACAAGGAGGCAGCCGUCAUAGAGGCUGAGGUGCUGAGAUCCCCCCAGUGCCAAGUGAAACGGCUGCUCCUGUGCGGGAACUGCCUGGGCUCGGAGGGGGCGAGGCGGCUGUGGGAGGCCCUGCGGGAGAACCGCACCCUGGAGGAGCUGUACCUGGACAUCACCGGCAUCACCGACAGCGGCCUGGACAACCUGCUGCCCUGCCUCCUGGCCAACAGCACCCUCCGGCUCCUGACCAUCGUGGGGAACCGGCUGAGCGAGGCCGGGCAGCAGAUCCUGUCGGAGCUGAGCCGUCGCAAGCCAGGCCUGAAGGUGAUCAGCACGUUUGAGAGCGACAUGGGCCUGCUCCAGGCCUACCUGGACUGGGUGGAAGAGAUCAAGGCCGACCCCGACCAGAUGGAUGCCGUGAAGAACGCCGACGCCCUGCGCUGCAUCGUCUCCGUCCUCCGGGACUUGGACGAAUCCAGGACCAGCCCCGAGGCCCGGGCCAGAAUCCGAGAGCUGAGGAGAGAGAUCAGUGCCCUCCUGGGGGAGAAGGAAUGAAAGGUGCUAGGAGCUGCACGUCUCGCUGCUAGGCUCCUUCCCGCCACAGGGGGGAGACACUCACUCAGAUCCCCCAUGAUGCCAUCUGGGUAAAGCUGUAGGGUUAUGGGGAGCUGGAAACAGAACACGGGGCCUUUCCCCUGUAGGGGGCGCUGGCGCCCAUCCGGGCCCAGGUUGGGGGACUGGCUGGCUCACGGGGCGGGGAAUGGGACCUUUCCCCUCUAGAGGCCACUGGCACC